CUUUUUGAAUAGUAGAAUUGGGGGGGUAAAAAGGAAGAGGGGAAUAGUGGAGAUGAGUAACAGUUCGCUGUCGUCAUCGCCGGCAAGGUCAUCGAUAUCUACGACGGCGGUGGCUGGGAGUGCAAAUGCGGUGGUCGGAGGGUCAUCUCUAUCCGUCGAGGACUACCACUUUCCGGCGGAUCUCAUUUCAAUUCAGGACCGCAAAGACGAGGCGCUUCUUGUUCUGAAAGCUGACCUGAUGGCUGCUUUGAACAAAGAAGUUAAAUCCCUUGAUGAGGAUAGCUGGAUGUUUGAGGGACCCCGAUCUCGUAUUAAUCUUAUUUCAAGACCAGUUGAUGCAGCAUAUAGGGAAAGGGAAGGUACUCUACAUCUGAUGCGCGACAAUUCAAUUUUGUCUCUGUUAUCAACGCAUUUUUAGAUGACAAUGUCAACACAAAUCUGUAACUCAGUUCAAAAGCAUCAAGCUAAUCCACAUGGGAAGGGUUUAGUAUUAUUUGAGCUCAUGGCAACUUUAAAUGAAAAGGCUAGUCAUUUGAACUUUAUUACUCUUUGUUUUGUGGUUUAUGUUUAGAACACCUUAGGCAUUCUUUGAACUAGAGGUCUUCAUAUAUGCUAUUCGUGGAAAUUGUAGAGAAUAAAUUAUUAAUUUGCAGAGUGUCAAAUGCGCAUUUCUGGGAGAUCUUAUCAAAUAUAAAGCACACUGGUUUUGUUUGUAGGACUUCUCAGUUAGUUGCUGUUCUUAUUUUUCAACUUUUUUAACGUAUAAAGGAGUAUAAUUUAUUGAUGGAGUAAAUGGCAUGGUAAAACAUACCAAGUUAUCCAAUUCCUGAGAUUGUUGACUAAUGCAUACUUUUCAUGCAUAUUUGAUAGUUUAACAAUAACUGCCAAGUCAGAGGAAGAAUAACAUGGUGUGCACUUAGCCUAUUUUUCUUCCAUUUCUUCCAUUUCCAUUUAUGUGUCUUUAGUAAAAGCUUGAGGUCCAAAGUGAGAAUUGGUGAAGACAUUGAACGUUAUAUAGUGGAAUUAGUCUUUUAUUAUAUCUUAAGCAUCUGGAAUGCAAAAUGGGAGUAGUGUCCAAAACCAGAAAGGUCAUUUGGACUUAAUUCUUCAUUUCGUUUUAGAUAGCAACUUUUUCUCGUCUGGUUUGCACGUGCAUUUGGAGUUGGGUUUGCAGGUAGUGGAGGUGGUGUAGGCUUGUGGCUUCUCAGAUUGUAUCCUGCUUUUGUAACACCAAGCAUUUCCUGGGCGUUAUAGGCUUGUAGCUUCUCAAACUGUAUCCUGCUAUUUGUAACACCAACUAGUCUUCUUCCAACUUGCAUGAAAUUUCCCUCUUGGCCAUGUUAACUCUCGUGUUU